CCCCUUCCCCUGUAAGAAAGAAAAGAAGGGGGGGGGGAAAAAAAAAAGAAAAAAAAAAUUGGGGUUCUUCAGCGUCUGUUUUCCCAACGCUCCUAUUGUCUUAAAGGCCUCGUUUGUUUUUGAGUGUGUGGGUGCUGUCACAGCUCCGGGGAACGAUGUCUGCAAAUACAGAAGCCCAGUGUGGAAGUGUCUCAGAGGAUAAUACCCAUCUGUCAACAACCUGCCAAGGAUAUGUUUUACCAGAAGGAAAAAUCAUGCCAAAUACUGUCUUUGUUGGUGGAAUUGAUAUAAGGAUGAAUGAAGCAGAAAUUCGGAGUUACUUUGAACAGUAUGGUACUGUGAAGGAAGUGAAAAUAAUCACUGACAGAACUGGUGUUUCCAAAGGGUAUGGAUUUGUUUCAUUCCUGGACACUGUGGAUGUUCAAAAAAUAGUAGAAUCACAGAUCAGUGUCCAUGGUAAAAGGCUGAAACUGGGACCAGCAAUUAGAAAACAACAAAACUUGUGUUCUUAUGUGCAGCCUAGACCAUUAGCUUUCAAUCCUCCUGCACCACAAUUCCACAGUGUAUGGAGUAACCAAAAUACAGAGACCUACGUGCAGCCUCAAGCUGUGGUGAGCCCGCUAACUCAGUAUGUACAGACGUAUGCAUACAGUUCACCAGCUUUAUUGAUACAGCAGCAAGUUCCUGUAGGAUAUCAGCCAGCAUACAACUAUCAGGCUCCACCACAAUGGAUUCCUGGGGAGCAAAGAAACUAUGUUAUGCCUCCGGUUUAUACUUCAGUAAACUAUCACUACAGUGAGGAUCCAGAGUUUAUACAGACGGAAUGUGCUGCUCCAGAGCCCACACAGUUGUCUGGUAAUAGUCCACAAAAAAAGUCUGUGGACAGGAGCAUACAAACAGUAGUGUCUUGUCUGUUUAAUCCUGAAAACCGCCUGAGGAACAGCUUUGUAUCACAAGAAGACUACUUCAGGGAGAGGAGGGCGCAUCACUUCAGAAAAGGAAGAGCAGUGCUCAAAAGUGUUUGAUCAACAGAGACUUUGAAGUACAUAAAUGUAUUACUUUGAUGUUCUUACAGUUCAGUUUAGUAACAUGUGUAGUAAAAAGUGUAACCUUUUUUCAGAAAGUUGCUUCAAGUUGAAGUUUGUGUUCCUGUUUUACCUGUUCCAGUAUAGCUAUUUUUGCUUGAGAAGUUUGAAGUUGUAGAGUUGAAAUGCUUCCAGGUUUUAUUACUAGCUUGCAUGCUUUUCCGACUAACUAACUGAAAUGCUAAUUUUAAAGAACUUACAUGGGGAAGGGGAAAAGAAAAACACUCUUGGUUUGUUUGGUACAUGUGGAUUUUCUUCUGAGCUUUAAGGUACAGUUUGUUGCAUGUUAAAAUUUAGUUCUUACUAAACCACAAUUUUAAGUUACUAAUGUCAACCAGUUACCUCUUGCAGUUCAAAAGUUGAAGCAGUUCCUUGUCCAAGAUGGAGUAUUUUAAAACUGAGCUCUUAAUCAGUGGAACAGAAGAUGUCAAGGUGUAACUCAACUGAAGCCCCUUUUAAGUCCUGGUUCUCUUUAGAUACAUAAUCAAUGUCUUUGUUGGCUAAUGACAAUUUAUCUGUGUGAAUACUAGAAUUCCUGUAUGUAACUUAAGAUGCAAGAAUGUAAUUAGUUACAUUGGCUGCUCAGGGGAGUAUGAUUAUUAUUAUUUUUUUUUUUUACUGGAUUAAUUUUAGCAAUACCUGUAUCUUAAAAUUGUGAGAAAAUACUGCAUUUAAAAUAUGCCUAACUUUGUGAUGCAAAGUGUUAAUCAAAGAAUACAU